AUGAGUUGGAUAUUUGACCCGCGGUUGAGAUUUAGAAGUGUGGUGAUAUACUUCUUGAUAGCUCAACCCAUGCUUGUGUAUGUCUAUUACAACUACGUAUCACAUUCACGAGCAUGUGUGUCGCAUUCUGCAGGAUUGAACCGUACCGGCAACAAACCAACACGUGCCGAAUCAGCGAAGCUGCAACAGAUUGACAGUGAUGAGAUCAAACGUAACCAGUCCAAAGCCGGUGCUUCGGAUCCUCUUCACGAUGCAGGGAAACCGAACCCGAACCCGGGUCCGAAUUACACGAUUUCCUACCAGAAAGCCACACCAGCCAAUUACACCGAUCUGUUUUGGACGGACAGUGAGGGGAACUGUCGGGGCAGCUCUUGCAAGUGGCCCAUGAUGCCGGGAGCGACAAGAGAACUGGUAGCAUCGGCUCCAGAGCCCUUUGAAAAGAUUCCUCUACACUUCCUGGAAAACUUCAAAAAUCCUUGUUGGUUGAGGGGCCAGACGGACCUGAACUGCCUCCCUUACUUCUACGUUCUUGGGAUGUACAAAUCUGGGACAUCGGAAAUUUGGGACAAGAUUACCGCUCACCCUGAUGUUCUAACAAGGGUCCCCAAAGAACCCCACUGGUGGGGACCCAGACGAAAUGGCUAUACUUUUAUUCCGGUACACAGGCCUGAAAUACUUCAAGCCCGCAAUCACACUGGUGGGAAGGAUGACAGUUCGUUUGAAUGGUGCCUUAAUUUCUAUAAAGCAUCAGUUGUACCAGAACUAAUCAAAACCAAGAUUGCGACUAAAGAAGGUACAGAUUACUAUCCUAAAGUUUUCGGUGAAGCUUCGGUAUCCACUGCCUACUCAAUUGGAAGAAAAUGGAUAGAGACUUUCCCGUAUGCAGCCGAGCCACCAUACACCAACGCUGAUCUAAUGCAUGCUCUGCAACCCAACGCGAAGUUUUUACUAAUGAUACGCAAUCCAACUAAACGGGCUGACUCGUUUUAUUGGUACUUACAUAACCCCGGCAGCGCUGCCCAAUGGCACGAGAGAGUCGUUUUCUAUACCAAAUGUUUCCAAAAAUGUAUGCAGGAUCACAAUCUACGGUUCUGCGCAUAUGCUGCAGAUUGUCCAUAUGACUUUAUCCCAGAUCUGCAAGUCGGUGCUUACCACGUGUACAUCCGUGAUUGGAUGAAAGUAGUCCCACGUGACAAUUUUAAAGUGAUACGAUUGGAGGAUUGGCAAGCCGACCCUGUCACGACAUACAGGGAUCUUAUCGACUUCCUUGACUUGCGAAAACUGAGCGUUGAAGAAGAGAAUACCAUACUUCAAAGGAGCCCCCGAAACAUGAACAAACGACAACACGAACAGACGAAACCCGAGACGCUGAAACUUCUGAAUGACUUUUACAGACCAUUUAAUGUCGAACUUGGCAAACUCAUGGGUGAUGAGAAAUACCAUUAUCCUGAUUACAACGGCUAAACUGAAAAAAAAAUCUGGUGAUGAUUUAACACCAGUCCGGAAUCUAUAUAUGUCCACAACAGAGAAGUG